AUGGUCUUCGAAGUUUAUGCGAUCAAGAUGGCGGCACAUGACUUCAAAGGUACAAUCGCCCACAUGUGUUGUCCUUCUGAGGUGGAGCCUUUCUCGCUCUCACCUGACUCUGAGAUGGUAGCACGAAUUGGCCAGUCUAAGGCAACGGACCGCAUGCCGUCGGAGGGCGAGUAUCAUUGCUGA